CUGUGAGUUGAGUACCUACUUAAAGUAAGUAUAAAAGGAAACGAUGCCAAACAUUUAGAUGACAGUACAUAGAUUGAUGUUUUGUGAUAGUAAACUGUUUUAAGAAAGAUUCAAUAGAAAUCUGCUGUGUCAACGAAGUGUGUUGAAAAAGUACUCAAAGUCGAUCCAGCACAAUCUUUUCCACCGCCUUCAUCAUGACGACAUGCCCUUGGGACCCUGAUUACAACAACAACGACAUCAACAGCAACUUCAACAACCCCGGCAACAACAACAAUAGAAGCAGCAGCAGCAGCAACAACAACAACAACAACAAUAAAAACAACAAUUAUCGAAAAUUCCCUUGCUCAUACCAAAAAGUCAAUAUGUGGAUGCAUGAAAACGAAAGAUUGCAAAGAGCAGCCGGCAAUACUAACAAUGGUGGUGGACGUGGUGGUAGUUCAUCUUCGUCGCGAGGUAAUUCUAGUUCAUCAAGUGGCGGUCCAACGAUGUGGGUUACGGAAUUUCCGCCUACCAAACAUAAUACUCCAUCAGGUCCUGAGACUUCAGUCUUCAACACUCCCGCUUACAAAACUACAUCCCAUCAAACCGUCGGUUUUAAUCCCUCACCGUACAAUCCUUCGACUUUUAAUAACUCUGCCCAGUCUAACCCAAAAUCUGGUACUUCAUAUCGUGUGGAUUACAAACCGAAUUUCGGAGCUGCGAUGAAUAAUAAUCCCAGUACAUCAUCGCGUAAUGUUUACUCGUCAAGUUACAAAGUGUGUGAUGAAACGGUUUCUUCAACCGUGUUUCAUAAGUAGCCUAGUUUCUUUUCCCCUUACGAACAACCUCUUCCUCCAUGCAAGUCAUUUGGCAGGUUCUCCUGAAGCAGUGUUACCUCUAAUAAUGUCUUAUAGUACUUGGAAUUUUGCAGCUUCGGUUAUCAUGUAUUCACCUCGUGGUGAAUGUUCGAAUUUCAAAACGUCUAACAGUUCGCUUUCUUCGAAUAAUAAUUCACGCUUUAAUACUAAAGAUGCAGAUGCCAAAAGACCACCACCUCCGCCUUAUAAUUCCGUCGUCAAUUGCAAUAUUUGUGAUUGUGGAUAUACAACCGAUAAUCGGAGUACAAAAUCUUGUUAAUUUAAGGAGAGAAGGUAGAAUAUUAUUUAAAUAUAAUAUCUAAGUAUGCUUAUGUGUAACUAAGCAAUUAUGUCUUUAAGUAUGUAUACUCUUCGUUCAAUAAAAGUACCA